UCUCGGAGCGAGGUCGAAGGGUCGCUCCAGCUGGGAGCGACGUUAUGGGAGCGACACCCUCACGUCGCUCGCGUUUUCGACGGAACGGACACUCAAAGACUGACGCGGAGCGAGGUUUCACAGCGACACCUCGAGGUCGCUCCAGCUCAGAGCGAGCUUUCUGGAGCGACACUCCGAGGUCGCUCGCGUUUUCAUCAACUCGCGACGCGAGGAAACGCCUCGAGAGCGACCUCUCCCAGCGAGACCCUCACGUCGCUCCCGCACCGGUUCAGGUGAAAAUGGUUAAGAAGACAAAGGGCAGGUUGGAAGCUGAGAGGCAAGAAGCCGAAAGUCAAGAGUUUGCACAAAGAGGAAAAGCUUUAACCAGCGAGCCAACUGGCUCAGGAACGCAGCGGACUGUGCGACAACAGACGUUGGCUGCAAGGAAAUCGAAAGAACACGAGAAGAGGGCAGGGAAAAGUGUAGCGGUUCCCACCCAUGAGGAAGGUGAAACUGAGAGUGAUGAUGAGCCAGCACCUACGAAGAAAGCCAAGAUGUCAAAGGGCAAAGGGGUUGCUGUUGAUCGAGAUAGGGCGAAAACUCCAUCUGUAGAGGAGCUGUACGAUCAUUUGAAGGAUGGAGUCACCUGGGUUCCAACAAGGUUCGCCGACCUCAACCUACUGAAGGAGUUGGGUCUAGACUCUGAUAUUGAGGCAAUGCUGGGGCAUUUGAAGAUGCCGAAACUCCUCACCAUGGCUUAUCCUUUCUACAAGGAUGUCACUUGUCAGUUCCUCUCCUCUCUUGUGGUCACUUACCACGACACGGCGCAUGUGAGGCAAGGAUGGGGAAAAAUCAGCUUCAAGGUCAAUGGAAGAGAGUACAACAUGAACUUCAAAGACAUUGGGAGAGUGAUGGGGUUCCAAGACCUAGAAGACCACUCCCUUCCCAAAUGUGAAAACCUUCCCACAGAGCUUUGGAAGUUGAUCACUGGAAACAGACACUCCACCGGGGCUGACAAGAACUCACACAUCCGACACCCGUCUGUACGCUACCUCCACACAUUGCUAGUCCAUGCUUUCUACCCACGGAAGCAAGCUGGUAAUGUUACUGAGGAAGACAUGCGACUGCUCUGCCCUGCUAUCCGUCCCUACACUCAACCCGCAGUGUUACCCCUUCCCAGCACUGAUAUCUAUGCUACAUUUGGGGUGGUCAGUUUCUUCGUGGGCCGUCUCGAACACUACAGAGACUGGGCGUGGUACACCACUGAUUCGCGCCCAAAGAUAGGGAUAGGCGGAAUGAUCACACCACUGCUCCAAUUUCUGAAUGUUCCCUUGGGAAAGGACGCAUCGGGGCCUAGGUUCAUUGAUGGCACCUACUUGAGGAUUGCCACCUAUUUCAGUGGGAUGUACGGGAAAGACUACGUCUACCACUACUACUUGUACGGCAAGCCAGUCGAGGUGGUUCUUCCAAACCGGAACCUGACGAGUUUAGAGAUACCUGGAGCUAUCAGCUUCAACAUUCCCCAGGAAUACUUUCUUGGAGAACACGGGCCUCUCGAUCCAAUUCAAGCAGCUCCAUCAAGGAGAAGGAGUGUCCCCGUGCAACCUGAACCACCUGUAGCAGACACCCCUGAGCAUAUUUAUGGACCUCCGCGCUACUACUUCAAGCCCCAUGACGGAGUCCUUCCUCCUGGAGCUCUCCGUGAUGCUCAUGACCACAUUGGUCGCCUCCAGCGAUGGAACAAAGCUCAGGACAGAACGAUAGAAAAGCUCAAGGAUAAGUGCAAGGCACUCAGCAAGACCGUGAAGAAGCAGGCAAAGACUUCAGCAAAGUUCAUGAAGAAAGUAGCUGAUGUUUUAACUAGGGGAGGAAUAGCUGGAUGUAGCUCAGCUGAUUUCGCUUUCGCGAACACCUCAAACCCCCAACCUCCACCCCCGCCUGAUGCUCUUGGUUUCCCCCUCACUGCUGCGCAGCUUCAGCGUAAGUGGAGAAACCCACCCACUCAACCUUCCACUUCCGGCAACAAAUCCCCAUCCCUUGCUUCUUCAGAUAGUGAGGACGAGAUUGACGAGGUUGAGAGCCAGCCAUGGUAUGGAGGCUCCGGUACAGCAUCCGGUGGGUACUACACCACCUUCCCUCCUGACGACGACGAUGCUGGGGCAUCUGCCCCUACCUACUAUCCAUAGGAGGUACUUCUCUCACUCCCUUGUAUAUAUCAUUUCAUUCCUGCAUAUUAGUUUUCUUCUCGGUAUCUCCUUCUUUCUUUGACAACACAGAGACUGUGUAACUCAAGUUUGGGGGAGGUACCAAGCAUUUGAUCAUGUUUGCUUUGAUUGUGUUUCAUUUGAGUCAUGCAUUGCACGCCUAUUUGCAUAAAAAAAAA